UUGUCCAUAGAUAAAAAUCAAAAGCAAGAGAGCCAGAUUGUUGUCUAGUUUUAGAAAUGGAAGAUCAAGAUAGAUUGUUGCCCAUUGCAAACGUGGGACGAAUCAUGAAGCAAAACCUCCCUCCAAGUGCAAAGAUCUCCAAAGAAGGGAAACAAAUGAUGCAGGAGUGUGUGACUGAAUUCGUAAGUUUUGUGACAGGCGAGGCUUCUGACAAGUGUCACAAGGAGAAUCGCAAGACCGUUAAUGGGGAUGACAUCUGUUGGGCUCUCAGCUCCUUAGGGUUUGACAACUACGCUGACGCCGUUGGAAGGUACUUGCUUAAAUACAGACAAGCUGAGAGGGACAAAAUUAUCAUGAAUCAAAAUCAACAAAUCCUGCUUGCUCCUCUAGGGUGUACUGAAAAGGAUGAAAACUCUCCUGCAAAUGAAUCUGGAUGAAGAGUUAGUUUCUGUGUGUCCCGAGUGAUAGCUUAAGUGUGGUAUAACAGCUGAGGGAUAUGCAAGUGCAGAUGCACGGAUCGAUCUGUGCAAAGGAUAAAAUCCCCUCCCCGGCCGGAAGAAAAAAAUGAGUUUCUGUCUUUUUGAAGAGGAUUGAACGAGAUGCAACAGAAGAAGAACAUUUCUGAUUUUGUUGGUUACUCGAUCUGAGGUAAGUUACCAUUAAUUACAUAUCUGGUUGAAUUAGGGACUUAAUUUUUCCUUCUUCUGUGUUCAAUAUUGUAUCAGUGUGUUGAGCUUAUUCUUCCAUUUUGUAAGUAAUAUAUAGCUGUACUUCAUUAAUAAAAAUAGAGUGAUCUGAUUCAUAUCUGGAAAUAUCUAGAAGAAUCAAGAACAUGGCGUCCAAUUAAAGGGAAUUUUUGCAGAAGGUAUUUACAUCAGUGAUAUGAAAUCUGGGUUAGUUUCCAAUGAGAUUAUUGUGUAAAGCAAAGCAGAUUUCUUAUGAACCUUAAUUAUAUUGUCAUGUUCAAUAUAGGGUUAAUGAAUUUAGUUUCUA